AUGGAGGAAGAAAGUGCAUCCCAAACACCAGUCCUGGUCACCAAGGUUCUGGAAGUUGAUAAUCGCACAGUGACAACACAUUUCAUUCUUCUGGGAUUUCCAACACAACCAGCUUUACAGCUUCUCCUCUUCUCCAUUUUCCUGGCAAUCUACCUGCUGACACUGCUAGAGAACCUUCUGAUCAUCCUCGCCAUUCGCAGUGAUGGGCAUCUGCACAAGCCCAUGUACUUCUUCUUGAGCCACCUCUCUUUCCUAGAGAUGUGGUAUGUCACAGUCAUCAGCCCCAAGAUGCUGGCAGACUUCCUCAGUUAUGACAAGAGCAUUUCCUUCAACGGCUGUAUGACUCAACUUUACUUCUUUGUCACCUUUGUCUGCACCGAGUACAUCCUCCUGGCUAUCAUGGCCUUUGACCGCUAUGUAGCCAUUUGCAAUCCUCUACGCUACCCACUCAUCAUGACUAACCAGCUUUGCAGUGCACUAGCUGGAGGAUGCUGGUUCUGUGGACUCAUGACUGCCAUGAUCAAGAUGGUUUUCAUUGCACGACUGCACUACUGUGGCACGCCUCAGAUCAAUCACUACUUCUGUGACAUCUCUCCACUCCUCAAUGUCUCCUGUGAGGACUCCUCGCAGGCUGAGCUGGUAGACUUCUUCUUAGCCCUUAUGGUCAUCGCUGUGCCCCUGUGUGUCGUGGUGGCAUCUUAUGCCACCAUCCUCACCACCAUCUUCAGGAUCCCUUCUGCUCAGGGCCGCCAAAAGGCAUUCUCCACCUGUGCCUCCCACCUGACAGUUGUAAUUCUCUUCUAUUCCACAACCCUUUUCACCUAUGCCCGUCCCAAGCUUAUGUAUGCCUACAAUUCCAACAAAGUGGUAUCUGUUCUCUACACUGUCAUCGUUCCACUCCUCAACCCCAUCAUUUACUGUUUGAGGAACCGUGAAGUAAAAGCAGCCCUCAAAAAGACCAUACUUUGCAAAAGAAGAGGGCCCCUGGAAGAUGAGACAUUCAACAGUUAA